AUUAUUAUUAAUAAAACAGGUUCCGCUUAGUUAAAUCCGUUGAAGCUACUUUUAUAUAUGAUACAGGCAGGCCGGCUAGAGGCGGCCACUGCGCCUGACCGCAUUGACAAAUUUCAGAUAUGCCUGUAAGUCUGGUUUAAAAACGCAAAUCUACCAAUUCAGAAACUCAAACCCCCAUAACCUAAAAGCUAUGGGAUCAACCUUUAGUUGCUGUGGUUCGGAUAAAGAAGAUGAAGGGGUAAGUGUAGUUACUUCAGGGAAUACAACAUGGAGAAUAUUCACAUACAAAGAGUUGCACACUGCUACCAAUGGCUUCUGCGAUGACAACAAACUUGGGGAAGGUGGCUUUGGCAGUGUUUACUGGGGUAAAACCAGUGAUGGUCUUCAGAUAGCUGUCAAGAAAUUAAAAUCCAUGACUUCAAAAGCUGAAAUGGAGUUUGCAGUGGAAGUUGAAGUUCUUGGAAGGGUUAGGCACAAGAAUCUGUUGGGUCUGAGGGGUUACUGUGUUGGAACUGACCAAAGGCUCAUAGUUUAUGAUUAUAUGCCAAAUCUUAGCUUGCUGUCUCAUCUGCACGGCCAAUUUGCAGGUGAGGUUCAAUUAGAUUGGAAAAAAAGAAUGAAGAUCGCAAUUGGUUCUGCAGAAGGCAUAUCGUACUUGCACCAUGAGGUGACACCACACAUCAUUCACAGAGACAUCAAGGCAAGCAAUGUCCUGCUGGAUUCAGACUUUGAACCGCUGGUUGCUGAUUUUGGAUUUGCAAAGCUAAUCCCAGAAGGCGUAAGCCACAUGACAACCCGUGUUAAGGGUACUUUAGGAUACCUUGCGCCGGAAUACGCCAUGUGGGGAAAGGUUUCCAAUGGUUGCGAUGUUUACAGUUUUGGUAUUCUUUUGCUUGAGCUUCUCACUGGAAGAAAGCCUAUAGAGAAGUUGCCUGGUGGUGUAAAGAGGACUAUAACUGAGUGGGCUGAGCCACUUGUAGCUAGAGGGCAGUUUAAAGACCUUUCUGAUCCGAAGCUUCGAGGAAAUUUUGAUGAAAACCAAUUAAAACAAGCAAUUAGUGUUGCUUGUCUAUGCGUGCAAAGUGAACCUGAGAAGCGGCCAAACAUGAAAGAAGUGGUUUAUAAGCUUAAAGGGUACGGCAGCGAAGGCAAGGUUCUUCAGGCGAGAAUGGACAGCGUUAAGUAUAAGGAAGAAUUACUAGCACUUGAUCAAACAAGUGACGAGGAUGAUGGUGGUCCUGAGGAAAGCUAUGGCGUGUUUGGUCCCAUGGAGGUGCAAGAAAUGCAGGAUCCCUACAAUCAACACGGAGACACUGCCAAACAUGUUUGAGAAAAAGUUUAAUUGCUACAUGAAAAAGACUUGGUAUACCUUUAUUACAAUAUUUUUGUAGCGUAUUUUGUUACAACAAGGAAUAGAACAUGGUAGAAAUGCUAAAUUAUCAAGGAAAAGGGAUUAAAAUA